GUUUUGCUGUUUAACUUUGGUUCAGGAAACAAGCAGAUGCCAUAACUAAAAUGAACAAUUUGCAUAAAAGUAAAAUAAAUAAUAAUAUUUUAAUACAAGAAUCAGCUGGUCAUACAGUUGAAGAACGGCUGAACUAUGACAAAAAUGUAGAUUGUAAAAAAUUUUUGAAAGCUUUUACUAAGCAGUUUGAGCUUGUCCAAGAAGGAUGCAGUGAAAAGAAAAUUCGUUUAAGCGCCCAAAUUCUACAACAUUUGGGAAGUCUAUUAGGAGAUGACGUUUUCGUUACAGCUUUGAUUUCACAUUCGCUUCCUAUAUUACAAGCUCCUUCAGGCUCAGGUUCUUCUAUUGGGCGUUUGAUGCAUCUUAUAGCCUUAACUAUUGUCAAACCACAUACAACGACUAAGGAAAAUGCACUUAAAUUAAGCAACGAAGACGACUUGAAUCCUUCUGCUGUUGGCUUUAUUACUUUUUGUUUAAAAAAUACAGAAUCUCAGUCUAAGCAAGUUCGUUUGCGUUCCUGUGAGUUGCUAAAUUUUAUAUUGCAAGCUUGUGAGGAUUACGAAAUUUCCUCUUACUUAUUUGACACUAUUGCCGAAAUCAUGAUGAUACGGGCUUAUGACAAGAAUCCUAGCAUUAGAAUACAAGCAUUAAAGUUAUUAGCCCGAGUGCAGGAUCCCAUAGAUGAGAACAGUGGAACUUGUGGGGGCUGGAACGACCUGAAAAACCCCAUUACUGAAAUCUUUGUUAAUCUUGUGAGUUCGGACAACAGCCCUGAAGUGAGAAAAACGGCACUCGAGCUCAUGCCGCCCAGCGUAUACACGCUUCCAGUUUUCCUGCGGCGGUGUUACGAUGUGAAGGACGUCGUGCGAUUGGCGGCCUUCCGAACGUUGGGACAGCGAGUGGCCGUCAGCGAUCUUACAAGGACUGCCCGUCUCCAGCUGGUCAAGUCUGGCCUUUCCGACAGGAGCAGUCACGUCGUUGCUGCCUGUCGCCAAAUGCUUUGCAACUGGCUAACCCACCAGAAUGAAUGCUGCCUGACACUUUUACACUUCUUUCAUGUUGAAUCUCACGAAGAAGUUUCAGUUGACGUCUUAAAAGCGAUUUUUGUCCACAGUGACCAACACUUUACAAUUAAAAACCUUAAACUCGAUGGCUUGAAUUCUGAGGGCGCUCUCUAUUGGCGUGUUUUAUGCCAGCACGUGCUCGCCACUGAUUCCAACCGAGAAAUUGAAGUGCUGCCCACCCUGUCCGAUUUGUGCGACUUGCUUCUUCACUAUAAGGCAUUGUUUUUUCAUUCAGACGAGAGCAAUACUACAACCAAGCAAACUAUUACUUUUAUAAUGAGACAACUGCUUUUCCUGGCAUCCAACUUGGAUGCGAGCGAUGAGGUUGGCCGCCAGCGUUUGACCGAGGAAGUUGAAAGGCUGGUUGUCUCUUUGGAAACGUUUCCGAUGCUUAUGGAGCCUCUUGUACGUUGCAUAGAGCGCUUGCACCCGUCCGUCACCGCUAGAACCUCUACUUUUUUUCAACUCCUGGACCAAACUGCAAAGGGAGCUCCUAGCAGUCACCCGGAAAAACUUAGAGCGUUCCUGGAGUUGUCUGUGUAUUUUUUCGAGGGGCUCGCUGUAAUUCCCACCACUGAGAAGCCUGUAGCCGCCUAUCUCGAGUCGAUCGUGCUAGUUCUAAGGAGCGGAGACCCUGAGCUCCGCUUGCUCUCCUUAAGAAACUUGGGGCUGUACUGUUUGUCUGAUUGGCUCCUUUCUCGCCAGUAUCUUCCCUGGAUUAAGCAGAUCCUUGAAAGCGAUUUGAGACCAAUAAGGGUUGUUGCUUUGAAGCUUUUAUGCGACCUUGUCUUAAAAUUUGCGUUGCAACCACCAACUCCCUUCGAUGACUUCCCUGAUUCCUUUCUUAACGAUCAACUAGCGCUACUGGACAAAUACUUGUCCUCCUCAGAAAAAGAGGAACAAGCCGUAGCCGUUGAAGGGGUUGCCAAGGUCCUAAUCCACAGUGCAUCCAACAGCGUUGAUCUGCUUGCGAAGUUGCUACUGCUUUACUUCGAUUCCUCUACGGAGGGCAACACCCGUCUGCGUCAGAGUCUGAGCGUUUUUUUUCCUGUCUUUGCCUUAUCUUCGCUUGCAAACCAAGAGCUUGUGGCCCGGUCUUUUCUCUACUUGCUCUCCUCCGUUUUUUCCGUAGGUUCUUCGAGGCCCAUUUUUAGUGCUGUGCGUAUAAUUGAUCUGGCGCAGUACAUUGUGCAUCUCACGCAUCCUUCUAACCUACUCCCACUAGAAAAAAAAAAAACAGACGAAGCCAGUAACUGCCAUGAUUUUGUCUUGAUCGAACUUUUGAGCGAUCUGGUGGCUUUGAAAAUCUCCAAUUACGCUGCUGUUAAGGCUUCUUGCAAGGCGCUGACACUGCUGCAGUACUGUAGUGCCUCCCAUGCCCGGCUGGCGCUACAGUUGGUUACCAGACUUCAAUGUCUUCAGGAUAAAGCGUGUAGUGCUUACCUCUUAAAAUUCAAAACCAACUUGCAACUUUUUGUUAGUAACUGCACCACUCAGAAGAACGCAAACAAUUUAAUAAUUUAUGUGCGUGCAGAAACUUAUGAGCACCUACAACCGCUUCUUGCGGGAAUGUCUUCUAUAGAUGUCGUUCUGCGUGGCCUUUAAAAAAAUUACUAUUAAUUAUCCAAUUUAAAAAUGGAGCAAUUGUCUUCACUUUACUUUGAGUUUAACUAAAGGAAUUUCUCAAUUGUUAUAUUUUUGUUCUUGUCAAAAAUGAGAUAAUAAGCUAAUAACAUCU